CAUACACAUGCACACACACACACACACACACACACACACACACCUUUCCAUUCUGAAAAUGUGGGCUGUGUUUGUGUUCAUGCUUUUUUUUUGGACCAUGCAGAGCAUUAGGGUGGAGUUAGAGAGCUGUGAGAAACUGAUAAUGUUACUAUCACAGUGUAAGAUGUGUGGAUCCUUCUUCAUAUGACUAAAUAGUUCACUCUAAAGGUUUUUUUUUUUUGGAUGAUCCUGACCUGAACAUUUGAUUUCAACCUCACAGUUCAGACAUCUCAGGUCUCAGUUCAGUUCAGAGGCAUUUGCAAAUCAAAUCUGGAGGUGUUGUAGAAAAUGAACCAUCAUCUGCCCAGGUCAGGUGCACAUAAGCUUAUGUUGGGAUUCCUGUUCACCUGCAUCACGAUGAUGUUGUACUGUUUUUCGGCGCCAACAUUCCAAGCCAACACACAAAGCUUUCCAGUGCCAGCUCCAUGUGCAAAUAAAUCCUCAAUAUGGCAAAAGAAGUCUUCUUUCACUACAAGUGAGGUGAAGCACUGUGUGCCAAAAAUGAACCUGAUGUUCUUGAAGACCCACAAAGCAGCAAGCAGCACUGUUCUAAAUAUUCUCCUGCGCUAUGGGGAGAAGAACGGGCUGAAGUUCGCUCUCCCCAGUGGUCGCAAUGAUUUCUCGUAUCCUGCUACAUUUAUGCGCGUGCAUGUGAAGGAUUACAGGCCAGGGGCAUGCUUCAAUAUCAUCUGCAACCACAUGCGUUUUAAUGCUCCUGAGGUUGAAGCACUUCUACCGAGCGACACAUUCUUUUUCACUAUCCUCCGAGACCCAGCUCUAGUUUUCGAGUCCUCGUUCCAUUACUACAAAAGUGUUGUACCCUUGACAUGGAGGAUCCACGGUGAGGAUAAGCUGACAGAUUUUCUGAAUGAUCCACAGGUCCAUUUUGACUCAAAUGGUUUCAACUCCUUUUACCUAAAGAACCUUCAUUUUUUUGACCUCGGCUUUGACAACACAGUGGAACCAGAGGAUCCCUUAGUGGAUAGGGCCAUUCGUGCCAUUUCAGAGCGCUUCCAGCUCAUCAUGAUUGCUGAACAUUUUGAGGAGUCCCUCAUUCUGCUCAAGGAUGCUCUCUGCUGGCAGAUGGAUGACUUGCUUUUCUUCAGUAUGAAUACCCGCAGGCCUACAAGUGUGUCCCAGCUCACACCUGAGCUGAGGACCAAGGCGCGUGAGUGGAACGGAGUUGACUGGAAGCUUUAUCGUUACUUCAACGCCACGCUCUGGGCCAAAGUGAACGCCUACGGGAGGAAGCGCAUGGAGAAGGAGGUGAAAAAAUUGCGCCAGAGGAACAGCAAGAUGGCAGCCAUCUGCAUUAGUGGUGGGAUGGCUGUGGAGGAUCAGGACAUAAGGGACCUAAGCAUGAGGCCCUGGCAGCCUGUUGGAGAGAGCUCUAUUUUAGGAUACAACAUGAGGAACAACAUUGAGCAACAAUACAGGGAGCUCUGCCGAAAAAUGCUUACACCUGAAAUUCAGUACUUAACAGACCUGGGAGUAAAUCUGUGGAUGACCAGAUUAUGGGGCUGGUUCAAAACUAUUUUAAGACUAUGAUUUAAAGAAAUAGUGCCAUUCUUUGUCUGACCUCAUCAUUCUGAAUAGAACAGAACAAUUUGAAAUAAUAAAAUAUGGUAAACACAUUUCCUGGCAAAUUUAACAAAGAAAUGACAGCCUUUGCAGUUAAUUAGUAUGUUUAAUAAUUAUUGUGUGUGUAAUAAAUUGUACAAUGUUUAGAUAGAACGAUAAUAUGAAAUGUACUAUAAUAGUUUUUGUAAUUGUUUUAAGGAUAAUUAAGAGAAGGCAAAAAUCAGCUGAUCCAUGCAAGGUCCUUUACAUUUUUCUUUCCUCUCCCUUUUGACUGCAGAUGACUUUGCCACCUUCUCUGAUGAGAUCUGAUUUCACAAUCUGUUUUCCACUCCUUACAUCCUUAUCAGUUUUCUCCCCUUUCUACAAAAGCUUCACUUCUCCAGCCUACCACCUGCAAGAUCUCCUCGGCUGUAUCACUAACAUUGUAAAUAACUGGUCUUUUAUUGACAAAUCAGAGUUGAACCGAUUCUGAAAAAGCUCACACUAGACAUCUCUCACUUUUCUGCUUUCUAUUUAAAAUUCUUGAAUGUAUUGCAGUACUCUCGGUGGUCUAUGGUUUUUACCCAGAAGAGCUUCAAGAUCCUAACCAGGAUUUUACCCAGUCUCACCUCACCACCCAGAAGCUACAUGCCACUCGAUCAACCAAACUAUCAUUAGUCAGCAUGGUCAAUUAUAAGACUCUUCAGCCCAUCCAAGGUGAUUAAUCCUUGGAAUCAAUUGUACAGGAGGGCAAUUGUAUGGCAGUCACAGUGAGUCAUAUGAAGUAUUAUGGAGAGGAUGCAUGCAUGCAGACUUUCCACUGGUGUCCCACAAAGCUCAGCUCAUGGCCCUCUUCAAUUCUCCCUCUAAGCCUAUACUACUGCUGAGGUUAUAUCCUCAUGUGAUUUUGAUACCACUGCUAUACUGUUGCUGCUCAUCUCAUCCCCUUCUUUUUCCAUGUAGGAUGUUGUUUACCUUUCCCAAAGAUUUAGAUGCAACCCUGCUUAGAUCACACCAUCUGACAACGCACGUAACCUGUUCAACCAACUAUGCUUCUGUCAUAUUGCUAACCUGACUCAGUCAUUCAACAACAGAAGGAUCUCCACAGAAGCUAAUCAGGUGCUUGUUUCUCUGUCUGUCUGACCCAACCUACCUCUUCAUUAAGCACAUUAAUUUAGCAUUAAUUAAAAAAAAAGAAGCAGAAGAAGAAGAAGAAGAACUUACUGUUUUUGUUGCUGCCCACUUAUUGUGCUAACUCCUUAGGGCCACUGGAGCAGAGCACAUCCUUCUGAUCAGCAGCCCAGGGCCCUAGCCACUAGUGGUGGUUGCCCCAGAGGAGUUAGCACUAAUUAAAGAAAAUCCUUUUGUACUGUUUUUGUUGCUGUAUAGACUUGUUUUGCUAACUCCUCAGGGGGUGUUGUGGUUCAGUAUUUAGGACCGUACUUAGAUGUGUG